CAUCAAGAAUAGAUGGUUCUACAAUCCUGCCAGAAACCUACUUAAGAUUCUCAGCAAAAGGAUAAUCAUUUUGCCACAUCUUUUCGCGUUGAUUUUUCCUGGGGGUCACCAGAAAAGCAUCAAUUCAUGCCUAGUCUACUAGUCACAGUUCCUUUCUCACCAGUUAGCAAUGUCCAGAAGAGAAUGAUUCCUUUUUGCUUUACACUCUUCAUGAUAUUCCCAGGGAAUUUGUCCACUCCUUUCUCUAAAGGACUCCUCUCACACUAUAAGAUGCCGACCCCCUAAAACUGCCUCCCAGAAAAUUCCAAAAUCAUAACAUUUUUUUUUGGUUGUUUUGUAAUGAGUGGUUGCAUUAAACUUGAAGUUCAAACAGAAGAUCAAACUCCCCAGAAAUGGUGCAUUUCAUUAGCCGAAGACGUGUUCAAGAGGUUUCUCUCCCAGGGUAGUCCAACAGUGCAUAAGGUAUUUGGAGAAGGAUCAUUAUUUAGUCCCCUGUUGUUUGGAAAAUACUUUGAUCCGUCCGACGCCUUUCCUCUCUGGGAUUUUGAAUCAGAUAGCCUGUUAUCUAAUCUAAGGAACGCUGGCAAGAGCAUAGUUGAUUGGUUUCAGACAGACCAGGCUUAUGUACUUAAAGCAGAACUACCAGCAGGAGUAGGGAAAACUAAUGUUCAAAUCCAUGUUGACAAUGGGAAAAUUCUGGAAAUUAGUGGACAACUAAACCAGCAAAGAGAAUCCAAGACAAAGGAUUGGAGAAGCUGCAAUUGGUGGGAAUAUGGAUAUGUAAGGAGGCUUGAGCUGCCAGAAGAUGCAUAUUGGAGAAGAAUAGAGGCAUACCUGAGCAACGAUGUGCUUCUAGAGAUUAGAAUUCCCAGAAAUCCUUUGCAUAGUGAUACUCCUGAAGAUGCAGUGGGCAAAAAUUCAGAAUGAAUGUGAAACAAAUGACACACACUGCUAAGAACACGAUAAUCUUGACAUAAUGAAAACUUCUACUAUGUGAGUGCA